UUGGCGUUGCUCAAUAUAAAAUUGAUAAAUUUCUCGGUGGAAGGGGAAGAAAAUUGGCUCGACAACGUGGAUGAUUGAUUGGUAUAAACUUCCAGGUAAAAGUCCCAGGGAUCUCAUUUUGAUAUUAGCCAUGGCGAAUUAUCCCACCAGUUUGACUGCAGGCAAAAUGAUCGACCUUUCGUAUGCCUGUUUCUGUGGUGUUCUCAAAACUGCAGCCGCCUAUUUCAAUAUUCUUCGGACACUGAUUCAGUGAAGAGCCAACAGUCACUGCACAAAAAUUAUUAU